AUGGUCAGUAGCAAUUGGGAAAAGGAAGAGACACAUGUACACCUAAAUCGAUUCUACCGAAUUGUGAAAGAUCAGUUAAUAAAGUAUCAGCAUCCAUUCAGUGGACUUUUCCCACGUCGGCCUGAAGCUCUUGCUCAUGAUUGUGUUGCACAUGUUCGCGACAACGUCUACUGUGCUACCGCUAUCUGGGCCCUGCAUCGAUCCUUCCAGCACAGCUACGAACUUCGCCAGUCAGCUGUAAAGUGCAUGCGUGCUAUUCUCCUUGGCUGGAUGCGGCAGGCGGAUAGGUUGGAAAACUUCAAGACUAACCAGAACCUGGAGACGUGUCUACACACUCGUCUAGAUUACGAAACUGGCACACCGGUGGAAGGUACUGGAUACAAACAUCUUCAAAUGGACUGUGUUGGCCUUUAUGUACUCCAGCUCAUAAUUCACACCAAAAUCGAAGCUGCCUUUAUUCAGAACCUCGUCUUUUAUCUGGAGCGAGCCUAUCGUAUCCCCGACUAUGGAAUGUGGGAACGCGGUUCGAAGCAAAAUCGAGACAUCACGGAGCUGCAUGCGAGUUCAAUCGGGAUGGCCAAAGCGGCACUUGAGUCCGUCUUGGGUUUUAACAUCUUUGGUACUGAGGGCGAUCACACUACGGUUAUGCUUGCUGAUGCAGAUGCCCAUACGCGUAAUAGCAGCAUUCUCAGCACUCUUUUACCUCGUGAAUCUGCGUCGAAGGGCACUGAUGCAGCGCUAAUCACCACCAUCUCUUGGCCCGCCUUUGCUAUCCAUAUUCCGAGCAUCGUCGAGGCGACGAUGGAGCGGGUGGACGUGCUGAAGGGUACGUACGGCUACAAGCGCUUCACGCGAGAUGGCUAUGCCACAGUGCUGGAGACCAACACACUCUAUUCACAGGGCGAGUUGAGCAAGUUCCGGGGCAUUGAGAGUGAGUGGCCCAUGUUCUUCGCCUACCGGGUGAUCGGCAGCUUCUUCAACCAGCAGCUGGAACGCGCAGAGCAAUUCGCCGAGUUGAUGGAGCCUUUGAUUGUACAUCCGAUCUCGGAGAAGUAUCCAUGGCUACCCAAGUACUACUUUGUGCCCGAAGGCUCGGUGGACGCUGAGCGAGCAAAUCCGGGCUCGCAGGCCAGGAGGAGCAACUUUAAGCUGCGCAUGGAACCGCGCUUCUUGUGGGGACAAUCGGUUUACAUCAUCUCGCAGAUGCUUCUGAAAGGGGUUUUGACCAUUCACGACCUGGAUCCCCUUGGACGACACAACCCCGCCAAUAUCCGACCUAUGUCCCUCAUUUCGCGCUACUCAACCAUUACAAGUCGUCCUGCCACGAUGUGCAUUCAAAUGAUCCUCCUUGCGGAGUCGAAUCGCCUUCAGCAAAUUUUGGCCACCUAUGGUAUUCGAACUCAAACUCCUGUUGAAAUUGAACCUCUAAAGCUGUGGCCUCCAUCAACAAUCGUAAAAGCUUUUGCCUUCAUGGGCUUCAACAAACGCCUCGGUCUCAAAGGUCGUCCACCUAGACCACUGGGAUGUUUGGGAACGAGCAAGUUCUACCGUGUCUGUGGCUCUACAGUUCUGGUAUUUUCACAUCUUUUUGAGGACGAAAGCUUCUACUUCGGCUACGACAUCAAGGCUCUCAUUGAAGAUGUUAAGAAUGAUCUCAUCUUCUUGUCAAAGUGGUGGCGCAUGAAAGGACGGCCCAGCUACUGCUUCUUGGUUAAAGAGGAUAUGAUUAUAGGUCAUGGUCGUGACGAGUUGAUUCGCUUUCUUGUCAGCCUGCAGAGCAACAGUGUGGAUGGAGUGCGAAUCGUUCUGGGUAGAGCUCAGAAUUUUGUCGCGACAGGUUGCACCGACCACCUUGACUUCUUCCCUGACUGGGCGGCUCAGUUGGAGGAAUUUGGAGGACUGAAACGGCUCCACGGUGGACGCUCCUUCCUCUCACUUUCGGACCUCCCUCGAAUACUGGACGACAAGGACUUCGACAGUCUCAUGCCCGCGCCUCUUGUCAUAGCCGUCACCGAAGCCGUCAAUCGACGCCACUUUGAAAACAAAUCGGACGACGAGAUAGUAGCUUUCGUCUGUCACGAUGGCGACCGCCGCGAACUAUGGCCCUAUCGACCCCCGGUGAAAGAUGCGGAGGCUGUGUUCGAGUCGGCAGCGGCGGUGCGUGCUCUUGACUAUGCGCAGGAAGUGGCAGCGUUGCACGAGCUGAUGCACCGGCACAGCCUCGAUCACAUCCUCCGGCCCAAUGAGGAGCUCUCCACUGUGCGCGACUUCUUUACCAACCUGAGUCGACGCGCGGGGCUUAAUCAGAUAUGGCGAGUCCCCUUCCCGCCUAUCUUCCCAUCUAUGCUAUGGACGGUGGUUCGUCUAACCUCCGCACUGUUGGGCAACUACGUCCACAGUCUGGCCCCAUCGACUUCUUCCAUCCUUGUGUUCGGCAAGCAGCUGACUAUUGGCACGGUGCAAGGCCCCGAGGUCAACCUUAACAAGCCUAUGAAUCCUCGCCAACUCUGCGACCUCCUUCAAAACACUGUCUUUCCUGUCAACCCGCUCCUGGUCUCUCUCCAGCAGGAACUCAUUCUCUAUGUAUCCGCCCUACUCAUUAAGGACAAAUCGCUGUUUAAGGACAUUGCUAUAAUUCGACUAGGCUGGCUCUUGGAGGCAAUGAAGCUGCAACUCGAAGCGGAAGAGGCACGGUCAGCAACCAAGUGCGGCGAUGGCGAUUGCAAUGGCAAAUGUAAUGGAAUCGGAGAGGCGGGGCACCUUGGGGACACCGCUGAAACGUUGACGGAGGCGCGUAGUCUUGGCGCCUGCCGCCUACAUUCGCUUUCUCCCUCGAGUCUGAAGAGUCUCCUAUAUCGCACUCUAUGUUCCGACUCUAUGGAGCAUAGCCACAACUCCCACUGCCCAUGGCGACGUAACAGCCCACACUUGCGUGAAGAGUCGCCAGCGCCAUCGGAUGAGAAGUCUCCCCAGGAUGUACUUUUUCAACGCCAGUUAGAUGGAUGUCUUGGACGUGUACCAAACACCUUCUACGAAUCGGUCUACCACAUUCUUGAAAGGGCACCUUGUGGUGUUCUCAUAGCGUCCAACCUACUGCCUCAGAACCCCACACUCACGGACAUGACACCACACGAUCUGAACUUGGUGGUCGAGGUGGAGCGCAUGCUGAGCGACAUCAAGGAUCCCGCGUACCGCGCGCUCUUCGUCGAAACAGUAAUGGUGAUCGCAGUCAUUCUGGAGCGCAAUCAGGAGCUCUCCUUCACCGAAGUGGUCGAUUUCCGUUUAGUCAUUCAAAACGCCAUCAAGGACUUUGCCAUCAUCAAUCAUAUCAGCUUUAAUGAGAAUUGUCAUGAGAAUAGACUGGCAACGCCUACCCGACAUUCGAAACGGCGUCUCUCUUGGCCGGAGGACGAAGUGGUGACAGACAACUGGGAGGCCUACACCCGUUUCGCUUCCACACCUGCCAACAUUCGUUUGGGUACCACUUCCUUCCUCGCUAAGGCUUCCAUAGCCCUUCUCCUUCAUGGAACCAUCAACUUGAGUGAUGUCAACAAGGAAGCUUGCUGUGUUUCCUAA